GCAUCCGGCGCCGCUUACUCCCGGGGAGGAGGCGGUGCGCUUGCGAUCCCAACCCCAGGACGCUUAUGAAAGGGAUCCCUGCUUUGAAUUCUUCGCUUGGUGUUGGAUUCAGCCCUGAUCCUGCUGCAUCUCCAAAUCCACCAGCGUCUCCAAAUCCACCAGCAAGGGGAGCUGAACAAGAUAUUUUUACUCUCUGGAAGCUGCAUCCCCGAGCCCGGAGGCCGCUUCUGGAGAGGCCCGGUGGCCAGCAGGAGGAAGCCCCGAGAGCGGCGGGCCGCGGAGGAGAUGGGCGAGAGGCCGGCGGAGACGGGCGCCGCGGGGGUCCUGGAAAGGCAGCCGGUGGUCACCGUCCCCUUGGCUCGCUACGAUGGAAUCACCCGGGAGCGCUUCCUGCAAGAGAUCUAUCCGCUGAGAAAGCCAGCAGUCCUGAAAGGAAUAGAUUUGGGCCCCUGCACAGCCAAAUGGACCGUGGAUUACCUUAGUCAAGCUGUAGGAAACAAAGAAGUCAAAGUCCAUGUCUCCGCUGUACCGCAGAUGGAUUUCCUCAGUAAGAACUUUGUGUAUAGAACAUUGCCCUUUGAUGUAUUUGUGAAGAGAGCAGCUGAAGCCAAACACACAGAGUACUACAUUUCUGAGGAUGAAAAAUAUUACCUACGCUCUCUUGGAGAAGACCCUCGGAAGGAUAUUGCUGAUCUCAGAAAACAGUUUCCCCUGCUGGCGGAAGACAUUUGGAUCCCCGAAUACUUUGAGAAGGAGCAGUUCUUCUCCACGGUUUUCCGCAUCAGCUCAGCAGGAAUACAGCUUUGGACGCAUUACGAUGUAAUGGAUAACUUCUUAAUUCAAGUGACAGGGAAGAAACGGGUUGUGCUAUAUAGUCCUCGGGAUGCCCCUUAUUUGUAUUUGUCAGGCACCAAGUCAGAGGUGCUGGAUGUGGAGAAGCCAGACUUGAAGAGAUAUCCUCUCUUUGCUAAGGCCAAACGUUUUGAGUGUUUUCUCAAUGCAGGAGAAGUUUUGUUCAUACCAGCUCUGUGGUUCCACAACGUGACUUCGGAAGAGUUCGGGGUUGGAGUCAAUGUUUUUUGGAAACACCUUCCUGCCGAGUGUUAUGACAAGACAGACACUUAUGGAAACAAAGACCUUGCUGCGGCCUCAAGAGCAGCUCAGAUUUUGGAGAGGGCGUUGAAGACACUCGACGACUUGCCCGAGGAAUACAAAGACUUCUACGGCCGCAGAAUGGUUUUACGUAUCCAAGAAAAAACAUAUAGCGCGAACUAUGAAUAAAGGAGAAUGCUGGAUCUUCA